GCGGGCUGGAGGAGCUGCCUGCAGCGCGAGUCCCCUUUCUCCCGGGCACCCCAGCGGCGUCGUGCCGCGCCUCUAUCCCCAGGCAGCGGCCGCGGAGCCGGGUGCCCGCCGAGCCCCCCCGCCCCGGCGCUAGGAUGAUGCUGGCGGGCGCCGCUGACCCGGAGCAGGAGAACCAGGAGAAUGUGCCCCCCGUCGGCAAAGCGCGGCCGCCCGCCGCCGCCCGCCCGGUGCUGGCGCUGCUGCGGGGCAACCAGCGCCGCCCGACCCAGCAGCAGGCUGCUCUUGCUCACGCACCCUGGAGUAUUAAUGAUGAAAACUAUCCCAAAGUUCCCGAUGGGAAAGCGGGUAACAAACAGCCUGCUUUUGCCAUCCAUAUGGAUGAGCCCGAUGGGGAGAGACGAAAGAGACAAGUGGUUCCUAAAAAGGCUGUGUCCCAUGAAGAGGUCCUAGGCUUAAAAACAGCUGUAACGUCAUUAGGAGACAGAAAACCCUUGGCACCCAUAGACAAUCCAAUGGAUCUUAGUUUUGAUUCUCCAAGUAUUAUGGAUAUAUCAGUAACUCAAGAAGCGGAAGAAAAAGUAAAUGUUAAUCAGGUGCCAGACUACAUUGAGGACAUCUAUACGUACCUUAGGGAAAUGGAGGUGAAAUGCAAGCCUAGAGUGGGUUACAUGAAGAAGCAGCCUGAUAUAACAAACAAUAUGCGAGCUAUUCUUGUGGACUGGCUGGUGGAAGUUGGAGAAGAAUAUAAAUUACAGAAUGAAACUCUGCACUUAGCUGUAAACUACAUUGAUAGAUUUCUUUCUUCAAUGUCUGUGCUGAGAGGGAAGCUUCAGCUUGUGGGGACUGCAGCUAUGUUGCUAGCAUCGAAGUUUGAAGAAAUCUACCCUCCUGAAGUAGCAGAGUUUGUUUACAUCACAGAUGAUACCUACACCAAGAAACAAGUCCUAAGGAUGGAGCACUUAGUGUUGAAAGUCUUGUCAUUUGACUUGGCAGCUCCAACAAUAAACCAGUUCCUUACUCAGUACUUCCUCCACCAGCAGACCAAUGUUAAAGUGGAACAUUUAUCAAUGUAUCUGGGGGAGCUGAGUUUAAUUGAUGCUGACCCAUACUUGAAAUACUUGCCAUCACUUAUUGCUGCUGCAGCAUUUCAUCUAGCAAGCUAUACAAUCACUGGACAAACCUUGCCUGAAUCUCUGUCCAAAAUGACAGGAUAUACUCUUGAAAGCCUUAAGCCUUGUCUCAUGGACCUCCAUAAGACCUACCUCAGAGCAGCACAACACACACAACAGUCUAUAAGAGAGAAAUACAAGAGUACAAAGUACCAUGGAGUAUCGCUCAUUGAUCCACCAGAGACACUAAAUUUAUCGUAACAAUCAAGAGACUCUUAAUGUGUAUUAUACUUGCAAGCAAAUGAUGUACAGUUUUAACUCUGGUCAGUAUUUUAGAUGUCUUACAAUCAUUUCAGAAUACCACAUGUGGUGUAACUCGAAAUUAUGAAGUUUGUUAGUUUUAUAUGGUUUUAAUGUAAAUCUUUUUGUACAUGCAAUCUUGUUCUAAAUAUUUAGCUGGAGCUCUUUUAUAAAGCUGUUCUGUUCAAAUAUUGAAUUAACCAUGAAGGCGAACUGUUAAUGUUUGUUCCAAAACUACUAGAAUGUCCAAUUAAGGAGCAGUGCAUUAAAAUGGGGAUUUUUAACUUCUGGAGUGACUGAAAGGCAAAGCGGUAACUCCAGUUGUGCUGAACAAAUGACAAACUUGACAACUGUUUGUGGCAAUAUAAGAUGCUACUAAGGUUUAGUUUCACCUGAGUUUAGAUCAAAUCUUUGGCUUUAACUGUCAUACUACUAGAACUGAUUUGAUCUAACUUGUAUAUUAAAAAAAAAAAACCACUUGGAAGAAAUUGAACUGACUUUAGUAGCUUGCAGGAAUUAAAUUCGGACUUGCUUCAAAAGCAGGCUUUUCAAUUUAGUGCUCAAACUAUCACUAAGUAGUAGUCUCUAAAGCAGCCAUCUGAUAGCUAGAACUACAACUGCUGAAGUGUCCUUGUGUGAACAGAAAUGGCCUCUAACUUACAGCUCUUUUCUAGUCUAAGUGUACAACUGAUACUAGUAAAAGUUCAUGCAGCCUUUUUACUAGAACUUUGGUUUCUCUACAAGCCUCCCUCUAGUUAAACCUCUCUUACUACAGCUCUACCUCCCCACUGCCACUACCCUGCUAGGAAAGCAAACUACAGCAGGGAAAGUGGCCACUGGCACUACACCCUCCACUGGGGGAGAGAAUAAUACAGCUGCCCACCACAGCCUGCAGGCAUGCCAUGUAUGGGUUAGAGCUAGUGACACUGAAUUCAGAACAGCCCAUUGGGCAGGCUUUUAUGCAGCAUGUAGUGAAAAUCUUAUGUCAGUGUCAGGUUUUAAUUAGUCUUCUGCUUAUGCUAUAGCACUCUGCUAAUGUGGUAGUUAACUUUUUAUAGUUUAAAUCAAAUUGACUGUUCUCCUCCUGUAAACUUGUAUUAACAUGGCUCAAGAUUUACUGUACUUAAAGUAUAAAGCAGGAACAGAGUUUAAAAGGACAUCUGCAAGUUUGUCAAAUAAACAUCCUGUACUGAAGCUGCUGCCAGUGGUCUUGCUUAUCUUAACCUGCAUUGAUCACUGUAGCUGACUUGUAACCAGUGUGAUAUCAGUGAUUCUAAUUCAAAAGUGGGACUACUUUUUUCAGAAAGCAGGACUUGACUAUUUCUAAACUUAGCCCAAGACACCAAGAAAUAAAUGCAGCUUCCUAGUCAAGGUAACUAAUAGUGAAAGCAAAUUCCUUUCUGAUUCUAAGAUAGCUUAACUCUGGUAUCUAAUCCAAAACUGACAACUGCCCCACUGGUCAGCUUGAUACCAAUUAUAUUCACUCUCAUUUCAAUUUUGUUAAAUAUGGAACAGCCAGCUUCCUAUACCAAGCAAAACCAUUUUCUUCAACUCUAUCAGUCUGUCUAUGCAGCCUUGGCCAUGAGAUGCAUUUUAGUUUUUGAAAGACAGCUAGGAAGCUACUUAGGAGGCCUGCUCCUAGGCUUGACUUAAUUAUCUGAUUAAGACAGGGGUGAAGGGUGGGAGGGUUAAGGAAAGUAGAAGUGGAGAGUAGGGUAGGUGCCAUGAAUUUCCUGUCAGCUUCCCUGUGCAUGCUUGACUAUACCUCCACUGGGCCUAUGGAAAGGAGCAAACCAUAGCCUAAAGUACACAGGAUCAUAUUAAUGACCUUCCAAAGAUUAACAGGCUAAAGUCUCUUUGACUUCUUUCCAAAGUUGUGGCAAUCUACAUGCAGGGGGAGUGGUGGUGGUAUGUACACACUAUCAAGUUCCAGCAGCAUGCAUCGUAAUUACUGUAUCACCACCAGCCUUAACUUUCAUAUGCUCUAAACCAUGCUUGUAAUUUUAUAUCCUCAUCUUUGGUUUAGUAGUAGCUUUGGCUCAGGGUUCCUGUGUGACUGAGGUAACAACUGGGAUAUAGAUAAUUCUCUUGGAUUGAAAGAAAUGACUGGUAGUCUACCUUGCUAAAGAUGCUUGAUGUGAUAGGGGUGUGUAUAGAGGCAAGUAGCACAUCCUCUUUUUAAAAAAGAAAAAAAAAAAAAUUGGGGGGGCACAUUCAUGGUAGGCUAUAGGUAACCUUAAAGCUUAUACUACAUCAAAAGCAGAGUUUAACAAUCCUGUCCAUUUAGAAGAAAUGUUACUAUGACUGUAUGCUU